GGUGGGUAGCAUGGCGAGCGCUGCAGCCGCGAGAAUAUUUAGUCUGCAGGGGUACACCUAUUCAUUCCUCGUGACAAGUGCCCUGUGACUCUGGGGGCGGUCUGAGAUCCCACGAAGCUGCAUACCUAUGCUCUUUAGACUUCCGGUAUUCGAAACACAAGCGAUUGCUCCGUUAUGAUCUUCUGGGUGGCUCUUAUACCUCGGUGUUUAGGAGAGCUUUCAACUGUCGUGUUCGGGCUGUUCCUGCAGGUUCAGGUGACAUUCACGAUAUUAACCAUUUCAAGAGAAGCCUUCGGAGCUGCUGUGCUACUUGUACUGGGAAUGUCUAAUAAACUAGGUAGUUUCCUAGUUUCGCUUCCCCGGGGAAAGAAUUAGCGGGAAGCUACAUGCAUAUUAUUAAGGUAUUAU